AUGGCUACGGAAGAGCGCCCCGUGGACGUGGUGGUGCGCUUCUCCUCAUCGAACGCAGAUGUCGUUCUGACCAUUGCAAGACCGAAGUGCACCUCAGUCCUCUCCUUGAAACAGCUGCUACGAGCACGAUUGGAUCCUCCUGCUUCGACUUCGCGUCUACGAUUGAUACACUCGGGAAAAGUGCUAGCAGAUAAACCAUCGCUAUCGAAGAGCUUGAACAUUAUCAUCCCACCGCCAUCACGCCUCGAUGAAGCUUCUCCAAGCGCCAAAGCAAAAGGCAAGCUGCCAGUUCGGGAUAUAAUACCGCCUGCAGCAAGGGUAUACAUACAUUGUUCUAUAGGAGAUGAACUCGCAUCCUCGGAGCUCGCGUCUGAAGUCAACGCGGCUCGAGAAGCAGAUGCUGCGCUUGAAAAUGGCGCCAGUAAAGUGGAAGCCGUACAGCUGGAUACGGAGCAGCAGGAUACUUCUACCACACCUCCUCCUCGCGGUUUCGAUAGACUGCUAUCUACUGGCUUUACGGUCUCCGAAGUUGCCACGCUACGGGCCCAAUUCCUUGCGAUUCAAUCUCAUACCCAUACGCCCGACACGAUGCCCACAGGAGCCGAGCUUCUUGCUCUUGAAGAGCGCUGGCUUGAUAACGGCUCCGAAGCAGCCGCUGGGGUUGGGACAGGCGAUGGAGGGGGUUUUGGAGCGGAAGAUGCGGGAGGCCUGGAGGACAUGCUCUACGGCAACUUGGUGGGAUUCUUUUGGCCGAUCGGAGCGAUGUGCUGGCUGAUGCGAGAGGAGGGAGUAUGGAGCAGGAGGCGACAGAUUGCAGUGCUGUCUGGCUUUCUUGUCAAUUUGACCUUUGGCUUUGCGAGGGUCAUGAAUUGA